AUGGCAGGAAGCCGGAAUUACAAUAGAUCUAGACAGACUAGAAUCAAAUCUGCGCCGCCGAAGUUUGAUAGCAGAGCUCAUAGUGAUUUUAAUGAUGAUAGUGAUGAUGCUACUGUAUUACCGACAUAUUGGCCAUUGGACUUGCAAAGUAAUUGGGUAAUGCCAGUAAUGGAAAGUUUACUAGAUAAGCGGCAUAGGCUUAAUGAAUUAAGGUUGACGCCUAAUUCACAACAAGUUGCUGCGACGACGACGAUGAACAAAUCCCAAAGGAAAAUCGGACGGAAGCGACAUGGACAUGUGGAGAAAGGUGUAGAAAUCGCAGCCUUAAAACCCAAAAAUUGGAAAAAGGUCUCAGUGAAGCAUAGAGAGAAGUUAGAACUGCUUUCCAACGUCUGGAAAAAUGCUGAGAGUAACCCUGAAUUGAUAACAAUAAUUAACAAUAACGGCGUAUGUUUUAAAGAAGAGUUCUCAAUAGGUAUUGGCAGUUAUGGUACAGAAGUGUAUGUUUGCUUGGGAUCAGACGGGAUAGAACGAGCGAUAAAACGUUUGCCAAAACUCCUGUGUAAUUUGUUGAAGCUCGUGUUGAAGAAUGAACGAGAUAUCUUGACCUCUUCGAAUGCAGUCGAGUCGCCACGGGUUGUAUAUUAUCAUUUCUACGAUAAUACUUCCAGCCCUGACUUUGGUUAUUUGAUUUUGAAUUUAUAUGAACAAAAUCUUAAAGAAUUCAUCAAGGAGGAAGGUGAGAUGAUAACAGAAUCCCGUGCUAGAAAGAUGAUACGUCAAGUGUUGGAAGGGCUGAAAGCAUUACAUGCUAGAGAGCCUAGAAUUUUACACAGAGACUUGAAGCCGACCAAUAUACUUGUUGAUGUGAAUGAUAAUUUAGUGCUGUCUGAUUUUGGUAUUGGACGAUUUUUCCCGGAACAAGGUAUUUUCACAGGAUGUGUAUAUUUAACAAAACGAAGUGUCUAUGUAUAUAUAUAUAGCGACUAUAUAGACAGUUAUUAAACACGCACUAUCACACAUAAGGCCAAAUAAAAAAAAAUACUUGGUUAGCGUCACACUCUCACAAAUUUUCAGAGGCGGGCGGGCGGAUUUUUUUUUUAAUUUUUACUCGUUUUUUAAUUUUUUAAUAGUAUUUUUGGAGGGGAUGGGGGGCGGUUUUUCCACCAUAUCGGUGAUAUUUUUUGUACUGAUGUUGCGAAGGCCGCCAUUUUGCUUUAAGAACCUUGUAUACCCAAGCCUACGCGCUCCUAUCGAUCAGUAUAUAGCGCGAAGGUCUGAGCAUGAGAAAAAUUUCAAAUAUUAAACUGUUUUAAGCUGUAAAACGAAGAGAUUUACAUAAAAAAAAAUUCAGAGGCAGCAGAAAAUCGAGAGGCGGGCGGUGACGCUAACCAAGUAUUUUUUUUUUUUAUUUGGCCUAACUGCCAACACACGUGAAAUUAAUUUUACUCGGCAGUCGGCCCCAUGGAUUAUCUAUUUUGGUAUUGGACGGUUUUCCCGGAAUUAAAAAGGUACAUAUAUAUGAUGUAUUAACAAAAUUAACCAUAUGUUAGAUUACAGUAAAUUAGCCUUUCUCACGAAGGCCAAACGAAGCCAUUUGGGGGUACUUUUUUGAAAACGACGUGAAAAAUCUAAGCGAUGUGAAAACAUCUUUUCAAAUAUUUUACUGUAAAUUAAAUUAACUUAUAAUAAUUUUACUCAUAAUUAUAGUCAUACAAAUCCCUUAUUUACUGCAUACAAUCCCAGAUUUGGAAAAGGCAGUAUACCCCAAAAAUGGCGGCGUGAGAAAGGCUAAUUAACAGGCAUAUAGAAGCCGUUAAUGCGUUUACUUGUGAGCCAAGGAAUAUUUUCGUCUUCCCGCUAGUUUCCUUCGCAGCCACUCUUUGUGUCGAGGUUUCUCCCUUCCCGCUGUCAAGCAAAAUUUACGACCUCUCCGAAAUAUCUGUGAUCUAAUAAAGCGUGACGAAACAUCCUUAAAACGUGGGGGCUGUUUGAGCGAGAUCGCGCCUUCGUUAUUAUUUCCAACUAAAUUCCCAUCUGCAUUUAUAUUGGAACCUAGCUGGCCCGCAUAAACGAGAUCCCGCCUCGACUGACCUGAGAUCUUGAUAGCCUGUCUGCGAGCAGGCUAAGAUCUUGGGUGACCUGGUUUGGAAUUUCCCAUAUAAACGCAAUGACUCGGGCUGGCUCGCACAAGCGGGAAGAGUAUUAUGGUCUAUUAUCAUUCUGUUCACGCGAAUAUACUGUGGUAAAUACGAUUUUCAGGACAGAUUUUAAAUCUUAUGUUAAAAGGUCUCUGUGAACGAUUCUGUGGGUUAUGAGCGUGAAAGUUGCUUGUGAAAGUGCAAAUUUUAGGUUCGUGAGAAAAUAUAUUUAUAUUAUACUAAUUUAUAGCGGUGAGCCCAGUGGUUUAUUUUGGCAAGCCAGCCCGCCUCGGAAGCCUCGUGUAAACAUGUGACGAAUGUGCCCCCCCCCUGGAGAACCGCUGCUAAAUAGGUCAAUUCUUUUUUACAGGUGCAACUACAUACUGUACCAAUCGCGAACGUGGAUCAAAAGACUGGGUCCCAUAUGAAUGUAUUGACUGGGAUGCUGCAUGCUCUGAUGAGGUGCGGAACCCUUCAGAUGAAACACAACUCAAGUGGAAAGAGAAAUCAGAUAUCCAAGUGGCAGGUAUGUUAGCAUUUUACAUCUUGACCAAAGGAAAGCAUCCAUUUGGUCCUGAAUUCCGUAGACAGCAAAAUUUGCAUGGUGACGAUCCAGUGGGUUUAAGCAAGCUCAGUGAUCCUGUGGUGAAAGACCUGCUUUCUCAGAUGUUGACUCGGGAUCUGCGUGAACGACCAUAUGUGGAGCAAGCCUUAAAGCACCCUUACUUUCUCUCAUCCGAAGACCAGAUGAAGUUCUUAGAGGCUUUAGGGAACGAGCCUGAAAUAAAGAGUUUCAAAGGAGAUCUCAACUGUGCUGUUUCCAGAGAGCUAGACAACCGUGAUCUGUCAAGACCUCGAAGCUCAUUGUUACCAAAUAACUGGAAAGCAGUCAUUGAUCCAGAUGACCUCAACACAUUUUGUGCAGGAGGUCAUACCCCUGCGUCCCGUUUUGAUGGUAGCCGUUACACGCAUUGUCUUCGAUUCAUAAGAAAUGUUCGUCAGCAUUGGGGCGACAAAACACGUCUACCAUUGAAAGCUAUGGGAACAGCUACUUCUCUUGACGAAUAUUUCCUGCAAUUAUUUCCAACCCUCCCACUUGUUGUGCAUCAAAUAAUCAGAAAGCAUCCUGACUGGAAAACACGCCUUUCCUUGGAGAAGUUUUUCCCCGUGAUAAACCGUCGCCCAUUGUCUGGUGCAGACUGA